AUGUUAUUGGUCGUUUUAUCUUCUGUCCUGGUGUCUGUUUACGGGUUAUGUCAAAACGUUGACGGGCAAAGCGUGUCAUGGUGGAUACUCUUCCAGCAGAAAGAAAGACCAUACUUUCAUAAUUACAUUGAUAGUACUAACUCACAAAGAAUAAAGGAUCAUUAUCCAGAAAGAAAUGACAGUGUUUUAUCAAGAUCAGUGGCAUCAGUUAUACAUAACAAUGAGGCCGAGUAUAUUAUAUACUCCAGUGAUCUGAUAAAUGUGAAAGAUAUUGCUGCAAAAUUCAGUAUUCCAACAUAUUCCAAAUGGAUGCAUGGCAUCCUUGGCACAGUUUCAUCAUGGGAAUCUGGUUUUUGGAUAAUACACAACAACUUGUUAUUUCCUGCUUUAACAAACGGCGCCUUGGUUGUACCAGGAUCAAAGGCAUGGUAUGCAACAACUGUUGGAGAUAGCACUGCUGAUGUUUUCUAUAUAUGUUUGACUGCAGACAAUAAAGGCAAUAUGACUGAAAUGCUGAAAAGCAUCAUGGCAGGCAAUCCAUUUCUAUACAAGAAGAGACUCCAAAACUAUGAUUUCCUUCAACCUUAUUUAAAGGAAGUACGCUCAUUAAAAACAUCCUUUGGAUACGAAAUGUCAGCAGAGAUAUUUUUGAAUUGUAUGCAUACAUCCAGCAACAAUGUUUCCACAAACUGCCUAUUUACGUACGCUGUUACAACUGGUGUCGGCAUAACUAUUUUCACACGACCGAGGGGAAUGAUAAAACACAGCAGUGCUUUUUGCUAUGAUGAUCAGUCAAUUUCUUCGCUUGACUUUCUAAAGCUGGAAAAACGUUCACCGUUGCAGUCUGGUUUUUUUCAUUCAAUGUUUGCAUUAAGCGACAAAACUGAUUCAAGUGUAACUGGGAUGACUUGUUUCGGUCAAGAUAUUGCUGCAAAUGCAGAGACCAUAGCAGUUAUGAUCUGUGCUUACUUACCAACAGUAUACGUUGACGUUAUUAAGUCAACUCGAUUGACGCAAUGGUCUUGCAACAAUAAAGACACUAAAGAUAGUCAAACAGAUAUUGCAAAAAUUUACAACAAAGGCCAGACGAGACAUAGAACAGACACUUUAACAUUACCCGACAUUAAAUCCCAAAUAUCUUCUGCAAGUCCUACCGAGAAAGAUGCAAAUGAACAUAAAAGAGAGCAUAUACAUGAUGCCACCAAUGACAGUGACGAGAAAGAUGUUGCCAAGUUUUGCCAGAUGUAUGACUGUGACAAUUAUAAUAGUAAUGUUGAGUCGGAAGAUUUUAAUAUCAAUUCGUUCAAUAGCCAGCUUCUGAAAAACCAGAAAUUGACAAACAGGUAUUUAUGA